AUCUGUCAUAUCAUGAAUAGUUUUUAGUUGAUAAAGUAGCGGUCACGUGCACUUUUGAAAUUCACGUUACUUGUGUGUUUGGCAAGGAUUUGGAUUCUGUGACAACUGAUAUUGUACAGAUACAUAUUCUUACCGAGACUUAUUAUAACAUUGUUUCCUGGCGUCAAACAUGGCAAAUAUAAAAUCGAAAGUACUUAAACAAAAGGAUUCUGGUAAAUGUUCAAUGAGGACUGCUAUGGAUGUUGUGAAACGAGUUUUAUGGGAUGAAAUGAUUCCUCAGGAAUCUAUAACUAUUGGAUAUUUAGACAGAUUUAAAGGUAUAAUAGAAAAGCCUUUUGAUGCCUUCUCUUGGGAACCUUUGGAUAGUUUGGAUUACUUUACCUUUGGUGUUCCUGAACACCGUAUUCAGUACUUUAAAUACAAAGAUCUAGUUGUAUGGGAUAAACGUUUCAGACUAGAUCGUGUUUUCGGUAGUAGUCGUUCAACCAAAACUAUUCGAGAUGUGAUUGAAAAGUAUGAGAAAUACUGUAAAGUUUCUGAAAACGUUCCCGACAUUCUUCUUGAUAAUAAAAAUGGUGGUGUUUCAUUUCGAUGGAGCUUAGAGUCUUUAGACGAUAGUCGUCUUUCAGAAACUCAAACAGAAGAGUCUAUGGAUGAUACAGUAUCAGAGAAAUCUAAACAAAGACCGAAUUUUUUCAUUUGUCAACGAAUAGAAUCUCCUAUAUUUAUUGAAAAGGCGAAAAAGAUCCAGUCACACAUUUGCAGCAGUCAGCCACUUUAUAAAGAUUGUUGUCUAGACGCAAAGCUUUUUCAUCUUACUUUGUUAACAGUACGACUAGAAGAUAGUUCCCAAAUAUCAAAGUGCAUGGAAGCGCUUAAACAAUCAGAGAUGGAGCUUCAUAGUUGUGUUCCAAAGGACCAACUAACAAUAAAAGGCGUAAACAGUUUUCGUGGUCGAGUAAUAUACGCAGCUGUCGAAUUAGAUGCAAGUUUGGAAUUGUUUGUUAACCAGUUGAACAAAAUUCUUCAAAUGAAAGGUUUCCAGACAGAUGAUCAAAGGAAAUUUACACCCCAUGUUACACUAAUGAAGGUUACUCGAUCAGUGUUUAAAAAGACUGGAGAGAAAAAAGUUGAACCUAAUUUAUACAGUGAAUUCGCAGACAUGGAAUUUGGAAAACAACCUAUCGAUUCAAUUCAUUUAUGUGCUAUCGGGAAACCUCACGAUGUUAAUGGCUUUUAUCGUACUUUUGGUAAUAUAGAUUUCAGCAAUCAGACUUUGAAGUCAGAAUGAUUUUUGAACUUUUACAAUUAUCUUAUUUUAAUACCCUUGUAGCAUAUAUCUCUUAGAUAUAAUGGUGAUAUUGAAGAUGUCUAUAAUAUUUCUAUUUCUUUUAUAUUUUCAUGCAGAUUUAUUUGUAAUAAUACGUAUACAUUGAACACAAUAAACUACUUCUGUAAGACUUAUUCUAUUUGUUUACUAGCCAUUGAAUGAGUG